CAGAACAGGGAUUUGAAGAUUGCGUCCUCACAUUUGUAAUCAGAUGUAGGAGAGGAUUAUCCAAAGGUCUCCUCCAUCUUGUUCACAGCCGGGGGCUGCUGAAACAAAGGAGGAAGCGUGGACUAGAAUGCUCAGUGAAUGGAGUGUAGUUAAAGAUAGAGAGAGGGGGAGAGGUCACCUGUGGAUGUGAGGAGGGGAAGGAGGAGGAGGAGGAGGAUGAAGGCUUUCUAAGGAACUGCAUCCAUCACCCAACACAUCAGAGAGCAAAAGGAGAGGGGCUAAAAGUAGAGGUUUAGCAGCAAGUAUUUCAAUGUGAAAGGUUUUCCAUGGCAGAGGCUGGGCAUCCUGUGUCAGAGCUCUACCCACCAGGGGAAGCUGUUUCUUUGGAAUCUACCCUGUCCGGUCAGUCACUCUUCAACACCUCGAGUUCGAUACAGGCAACAACACCCUCCAGACUGGCUGGAGGACCAGGUAACAGCUGCCAGGAGGAGCCACAGGAGAUCUGUAAAGAUCAUUCAGUCAGUUCUCCUACCAGGGAAACUAACUGCAGCAGUCUGAAUGUCCAUAGGGAGCCUGGUGAACAAGACAAAAGCCAAUCUGAACGAUGUGUGCCUCCCAAGGCCUCAAGCCACCCCCAUAGUCUGGCUGAGACGUAUACACCGUCACAUCACCACGACACAGUUGUGAAUGCAAUCAGUGACAGCCUUGUUGCUGGUAGGAUGGGGCAGAACAUAAAGUCAGCCUCUCUACCUGUUCACAGGAGUCACUCAGAAACCUUACCUGUGGUUAAACAGGGAAUGCCCCCCCAGGCUCCAGUCAAUGAGACUUGUGGGCUUGCUUACCAUGGAGAUAAAAGUGUCCAAGAGGCUGAGAGUCACUCCAUGUUAGCCUGCAAGCAGCCCAUGCAGCUGCAGCAGUGCAACAUUAUCACCACUAUCUGCCGAGGGCCCAACAGUGGAGAAAGUGAUGUACAGCAGCCUCAGAGCAGGUGUGUCUGUAUCUCGUCCCCUGAGGCAGCAGGCAAGGUGGAGGGUAUUGAAGAAAGGAGCCAUCUUCCCCAUAAAUGUGACAAGGCACUCUGCUAUGGCUCUUAUAACCAUCAUGUCAAUUUUGAGGACACAUUUGCUGCCUACUGUCAUCCCCAACCCAUCCCAGCCCCCUCCCAGCUGCUGCCACGCCUGGCAGGUGUAGAGCCAACCUGUGACAUCCAGCGUACAGCGGCACCUCCUUCAGCAAUGAACCACCUCACCCUGCCUCGCCUCAUCUCUUCUGUCAGUGAAACAGGCCUGGAUGCCAAGCACCUACUUCGGUGCUGCAACCUUAACUGCUCUUGGAUCAGCUUGCUGCCCCCUGGUGCUGGGCCACAAUCCCCAAAACACUUUGGUGGAGAAGCGUGCUGCAGCAGUCCCGUUGGCCAUGUCAGAACCAUAACCCAGGACAUGGGGACAAUGACAGCCCACAGAGAGCUGAGGGAUGUUGGGGUGCAGACAGGACAGAUGGUCACACCUCAUGUGUUCCCCCAGAUCUGUCUGGCAGAGGAGAGCAAGAGCGAGACCUCCUGCACUCAGACUCUGAAAACCAACAGUGACGUAGGCAAGAAACCGGGUGGGGCUUCCAAGACCCCAGUGAAGGAGGUGAAGUGGGAUGCAGAAGGGAUGACAUGGGAAGUGUACGGGGCCUCUGUGGACCCUGAAGAGCUGGGCUUGGCCAUCCAGAAACACCUGGAGCUGCAGAUCAAGGAGACGGCGAGUCAUGCAGCUAAGCUGUCUCGCCAGAACACCAACACCUCCCAGCAGGGCAGGAACGGUCAGACAAAGAUGGGCAGAAUGAUUGGCUCCAUUCGAACCUCAGCCUGCUGCUCACGCAGCACUACAGCUGUUGACUAACUGACUAGCUGACUGAUGGACAGGACAGAGCCUGAACACUGUGUUCAGUAACUAGUAAAGGUGCUGACACACCAAACCGACAUCAAAGAACUAGCGGCAACAAAAGCCAACUGCUGCGUCGUCUACGUCGCCUCACGUCGCCUGUGUCAGUUCCAUUUGAAUGCACUACAAAGACUACAUCCAACGGCCAAGUAGCACGUACGUUCUGCGCCCGCGUGAGUGGAAAAAACACAAAAAGGGAAACCGGAAAUCCAAGCAAUGCAUGAGAUAAACAAAGUAGCAGAGUGAGAGAGUGGUACAUCCUGUCAGCCGAGGGGUUUCCUAUCUGUGCAGCCGAGCACUGCAGCACCUCCACGGACUAUUACAUCCCGGUGUUUCCUUCGCAGGCUCCACUUCACUCAGCUUCACUCAGCUGCCUGACAAACCCGCUGCUUCUUCCCACUUUAACCUGAAUAACAAUCCGGGGCUCGGUGCUCCGGUUGGAUCCAAACGGAGAGCCGGGGCUAACUGGGAGGCUAGCGGAGGCUAACUGGCUGUGCUUCCCUCCGGUCAUGCUGCAGCUAUUCAGGUUAAAGUGAGAAGAAGCAGCGGGUCUGUCGGGCAGCUGAGUGAAGUGGAACCUGAGGAGGAAGCAUCGGUUAGCCCCAGUUUCACUACAGGCAGAUUCACUUGCUACAGGGGCGAGGAAAUAAAACCUGAACAGCCAAUCAGAGUGAUCUCUCUCACCGACAAGCUCCGCCGCCAAUUCAACAUGCUCAAUCGGCCGAAAAGCCGCCGAUGCUGAAGUGCCGACGGUGCGGGACACACCGCAAAAACUAGGGCGACAGACGCUCACCGACGGCCUGACUUUGACCGACGGCCAACCGUUGGCUUGGUGUGUCAGGGCCUUAAGGCUACUCUCAGUAUCAGCCUCAAAUGUUACCCAUCUGAUCAGAGGGUCUAUGGAGGAUAGACUAAUCUAUACACCAGAAUAAGUGGAAAUACUUCAUGUGAAAUGAUGAUCAACGGUUUGCAUUAUUGUUAAAAAAAGGUAACUGACAACAGCUUAUAUUUCAUCAUUUGUUGUCUGUGGUUCAAUAUUUCAAUGAGUGAAAUCAUGAAUCCUGCAGCUGUGCACUGCCAGUGUUUUUAGAGUGCUGCUCCUUGCAGGUGUGUCUUCAUAUGACAGCACUUAAAGGACACAGAGACAAUGAAACAAAGCCUGUCCUGUGUAAAGCAAUCUGAUACAACAGUCCUGCAAUAAAUUUUAUUCUUGUUAAUCUUAUAAUAAAUGUGUGAAAUGUGUGAUGUAAUUCAGUACAGAGAAGUUCCUCCUCCUGGCUGACUACCUAGGUUCCUGGUGUUUGGGGUCUUGAGUGACAUGCACUGGCACUAGCACAUGUCAGUGGAUGCCCGGCAGAGGGAGCCACUAGCAAUGUAUCACCUAACCCAUAUCCUAAUCCCUCACACCCAAGUCUACAGCUUCAGAAAAAAACAAAGAGUCAAUCAACACCUCUGUUCACAAACAAUCACCACAUGACACUAAAACAAGAAUGACAUCAGUCAUCACACAAGUGAAAUGUUAGUUUUAUGGGGCACAUAGCAGUGACAGCAGUGGCGUAUGCCAGGAGGAAUUGGUCUAUGGCUAUGCUGAGUGGUAUCUGCUAGCAGAACAGGAGUCACACACGUCAGUAGAACAACAUACCGAUAGUCUUUGGCUGCUAUAUUUUAAUGGCCCACAGUCUUUCCCCUAGCAUCCCUCUCAGGAAAAACUUGAAUAUCACUCCUCAUGAGGCUGUGGCUCUAAGACUAGCUACAUUAGAAUCUACAGGAUCUAUCCAACACUUGAGUAUUAAUUGUGGGGUGAAAUCAACAUUGCAGCCUCUUUGGGGUGCUAGCAGGGCUUUAAUGUUGUUAUUCUUGGAUAUGACAUCUACACCUGUAAAAGUCUUUUAAGCUGAAAGUAAAAGUGAUAUAUUAAUAGACCCAAU